UCAGUCUCCAUCCUGAUAUAAGUGGAACAUGCAAAGGCACAUGUUCUCCUGAAAUCCAACUUAGGUUCAAACUCAGAGAGGAUCCACAAGAGAAAAUAAGUAAAAAGAAGACGAUGCCUGUUCUUAAUGAGGAUGCAGUAUUACAGCAACCUCAAGAUGAAAUGGAACAAAAUCAAGCCCUGUUACAAACCAGAAAAGGUUGUCCAGUGUUCAUUGUGUCGUUUCCCCAAGCUGAACUUUCACUGAACCAGAAAAGCAUUCAAGGGCCUAAGGCUGAAAAUCCUGAAGUUUUGCCACACCCAGAAAAGGAACUGAAUGCAGACAGAGAUUCUCCUGAAAUUAGCCUUCUCUCAGGUACUGCUGAUAUGGUUUCUGUAAAGGAGAAAUCAUUAAUAGAGCCACAGAAGAUCUUAGCAGCACCAAAUGCAUCUUCUGAGUCUGGAAAGGAAGUCACAUUGACCAUGACUUCUGAAGAAACCAAAGAUGAAGAAAGCUCUCUUGAAACCUUUGUGUCUGCCUUAGAAAAGUUAUUAACAUCACCAGAAAACACCCAAGAGGAAGCAUUGUUUGAAACAAUGAGUGAUUUUGAACCUAGACAGUUGAUGAACCCAUUGAGCAACUCUCCAAAUUCCAUAUCAAUACCUUUGACAUAUCAUGGAGAUUUACUAGAAAACACAAAGGAUGAUGCAUUGCCAGCUGAGUUGUUAGAAGCCCUAAACACAUUGUCAGAAGCCAACGUGGGACUCAUCGGUCACAGAAACGAGGGAGGCAGCAGUCUCAGUGCUGGAAAUGAAUGUUUAGGAAAAGAGCCCAACAUGUUUCAAACUGAUGAAGAUUGUACACAAAUAGCAGAGGUGAAUUUUGAGUCUCUUUGUUCUACUCCACCAUUUGAACAAGAUUCCAAGUUAGCUGAGCUGCAGGACAAGCAUCUUUCGGUGCAGCAAACUCUAGAAGAUACAAAUCCAUUUGGAUUGCAGACAUCGGUUUAUCAAAAUGUGAUCUCUUGUGAUCCACUAAAUAAUAAGAGAAAUUCAAAUUCAGUGGAAAAUAGCUCUGACCAGGACCUCCCAUCUGUAUUAAGAAGAUCAUCCAGAAUGAAAAUAGGCAGAUAUAUAAAGCACACAGAUGACAUGUAUAAGAUACCAGAAAAAAUUUUACCUACAAUACUUGGCUGUGAGAAUCAAACAAAUAAUAUCUCUUCAACGGAGACUUUCAGAAUGCAGGGUCCUGCUUUAAUAAUUAAAGGUAAAAGGAAGACUAUGCAUUCAUCCAGGCUGAAGAGUGGAGAACAAAUCUGGAAGACAGAAAAAAUUACAAGACAAAAUGAAAAAAUGAAGAUGAAUAAAAUAUCUCUUUCUCUUAUUAACCGGAGAAACAUUUUUGGAGAGAACUUACUGUAUAAGGCUGCUCUGCUCAAUGAUGCUUAUCUUGUUCAACAUUGUAUUAACAAAGGAGGAAAUGUUAAUCAACCAAGUUAUGCUGGUUGGACAGCACUUCAUGAAGCUAGUGUAAGGGGAUUUUAUGAGACAGCAAGUGAACUAGUAAAAGGUGGAGCAGAUGUCAAUAUCAAAGGAAUGUACCAGAUCACUCCCCUACAUGAUGCUGUGAUGAAUGGACAUUAUAAGGUGGCAGAAUUACUUCUUUUCAAUGGAGCUGAUCCAGUAUUUAGAAGUGACUAUGGUAAGUGUGCUUUGGAUGAGGCCAAAGAUACACGUAUGAAGCGUCUUCUUGAGAGAUAUGUUCCUAAACAUCAAAAACAUCUUAUUUCAGCUAAAAAGACUAGCACAGACCCAUUAAAUGUGGAGGAUGCACACCAGCACAAGAAACCAAAAUUCAGUUCUAAAAAUUGCAUUCAGUUUGUUUGUGAUGAAAAUUCCAACAGACAGAAGCCAGAACAUGUAAAAGUUGAUGAAAAAAGUAAAAAGGGCUUAUUUAUAAAGAAGGAAGAUGUAAAUGAACAUUACCCAAAAGAAUCCAAAAGCACGAAAUUUAUUAACUUCGACCAUAAGCAAUCAAGAGUUAACCAAAUAUUCUCUACAGGACUCAGAAAAGACAAUCUCCGUAAUGUCAAAGAUCGCAGCACAAAUGUGUCUAAAUAUAAAGGAAGAAGAAAUGCACAACAUAAAAGGACUCAGGUGGAUAAUCCAAUCCAAGAAAGCAACCCAAGAAAGACCAUAGCUGUCUCUUCUUCCAGAAAAAGAAGUAGAUUGGUUACUCGUCAGGAACAUAUUCUCCAGACCCUUGAUGACCUUACAGAAGAGUCAUGUAAACCUUUUAGCGCAACUCUGUCAAGCCUGAAAAAUGGAUUAGGUAACAAUAUUGACACUUGUUCAAUUCUUAAAGAGACACAUACCCAGAGCCUGGAUUUAUCAGAAAGUCAGGACAUAAAAUCCUUGGAAUUAGAAUCCAGUGAGCAGACUAAAGCUGUUUCUUUCUCAGGAUUUUCUAUACAUAAAGAAAUCAAAUUACCAGUUGUUACUGCAGAUCAGCAGCCUCAUACUCACCAAGAACAACAGCACAUUAGUCCUUGUAAAUCUAAUGAAAACAGUAACUCGAAUGAAAAAAAAGAGGGACUUAAUAAGUGGGAAAAUUUUAAUAAUGAUGUUCAUGGUGAUUGCUGUACCUCUGAAAAGACUGUAACAUCUGAAAACGUGAUAUGUUCUACAGGUUGCAAAAAACACUAUAAUUAUAAAGAGAAUAUAACAAAUACAGAUGUAAUGGAUUCUCAACAAUUUUUACCUUCUGAAGACCAUUUUUCACAGGAAAAUAAGUUAAAUGCAGGUGGCCUAAGCAUCCUUCCACAACAGGAAGUUGUUAAUUUUUCUAAUUCAGAUAAUAUAACAGUUUCUGAACCACACAUUGCAAAUUAUGAACAAUGCGUAUAUGGAACUUCUUUUGAUCACUCACACAGCAAUCCUGAGCAUACUUCCUUGGCUUGUACAAGAACACUUGCAACACAUGAAGUUUCAGAGUUGACUAGUGAUGUGGAGCAGCCUCAGGAGUGUAUUAGCCCCAGAGUACCAAAUCCUUUAAUGAAUCAAACAGAUACACAUAUUGUGGAAAAAGUGAAUAAGAAAGAAGGCACUGACAAAGGCCAAAAACCGAAUUCUUCAAAUGGAACUUUAUCUACAGUUGUUCAUUCCAAAGUAAAAGAAACAACUGAAGUUCAAAAAAGGAGACAAGACCUUCCAGAGAGCAAAAUCAUACAUAAUAUAGAUUUAUAUUCCACUGACAAUAUGAAUAAAGAAUUGAUCAAUAUCUCACAAGUUAGUCAAAGAGAAGAGAAGGAAAUUUCUCGUAAACCAGAUGAGGAAUUAACUAAUAUCAAUGGAGAUGAAAGCACUGUAAGAAAUUCUGAGGAGAAAAAAGAUAAAACAAAUUCUGAAAUUCACAUACCUGCUAACAAUCAAGAACAUUAUAAAGUUCAGAAUUUCAAGAAAAGACAAAAUUUACUGAGAGCUACCUGCAGCCAAGAAAUGAAAACAGCUGGAAUCAAUAAGAGGCAUGCCAUCGAGGAAAGCCCACUUCAUUUGGCUGUCAGAAGAGGAAACUUGUCUCUGAUGAAAGUUCUAAUAGAAUCUGGAGCAGAUGUGAAUCUAAAAGAUAAUACAGGUUGGACACCACUACAUAAGGCAUCUACUGAGGGAUCAAAUGAUAUAAUUGUAGAGUUGUUAAAAGCUGGUGCUAAUGUUAAUUGUGAAAAUUUAGAUGGAAUUCUGCCCUUACAUGAUGCUGUUGCAAAUAAUCAUUUAAAGGCAGCUGAGAUUCUACUGCAACAUGGAGCAAACCCUAAUCAAAAGAAUCAAAAACAGAAGACUGCUUUAGAUGAAGCAGAUAAUGAAAAAAUGAAAGAGCUGCUAAAAUCGUAUGGUGCUGUUGAGACUGAUAAUAGAGAUGAAAGUAAUGCUAUACCCACUGUAAAAAUUCCUACUGUCCGGUCCAAACGACACAAACCAUGUUUUCAUGAUGACUUAAAAACUGUUCAUCCACCUUCUGUUUCACACCAAGAAAAAAGAAGAGAAAGCCUUCAUAUGCAUCAGACCAUCAGUGCCAUUCUACAAGAUAUAGAAGAAAAACAAGAAAAUCUAUUGGAGUUUGAAAUAAGGACCCCUGAAGAUGCAGAACAAUACACCAAAAAGAUGUUAGAGAUAAAAGAGGUUAUGGAUAAUGUGCUUGCCAAACAGAAGGCAGAAAGGGAUGAUCUGGCUAAAAAAUACAGGGUGUCCAUAGAAUCAUUUAAGCAUGGUGUCCUGAGAGAACAACUGGCUAACCUGGCCACAAGACAGAAGAGUCUUUUAGUUGUGGCAAAAAAACAGAAAAAAAUAAGCCAGAAAAUUCAAAACUAUAAGAAUGUUACAUCUAUGUCUGGUCUUAGUUUGAAGAAACUGCCAUCCAGCUCAGAGAUCUCUUGUGAGAAGGACAGCCAAGAGCUUACCAGUCUGGAAAAUUCAGUGCAGCCCCAGUCAGGUUUAUUUUCUGUCAGCCCUGUUUGUGGAAGCAUACAGGAAACACAGUUGUCUCUGGAAACAUGGAAUGACGACCAAAAUACCAACACUUGUCUAAAUUCAGAGACAAUGAGAAGGGAAGAAUUUUCUAGAAAUGAGCUGGAUUAUAGACAGAACAUCAAUGACUGUACCUUUGAUGGGUUAUCUAAAUCCAGAACUUCAGAUGGCACUAAGAAGACUAAAUUACCAUUCCAACCUAUUGCUCAAGCAGAAUAUUCACAAAAAGAAAAUGAUCUUACAGAAAAUACAACCAACGAUCUUGAAUCCUAUAGCUCUUCAGAACUAACUGGCACAUUAAAUACUUCAGAAGCCACAAGUAUACUUGCCCCAAAUGAUGCCCACCCAUCAACUGUUAUUUGUGGUCAGGCUUUUUCCAGUUGUGAUCCAAAAAGAGGAAACAGGAAAAGAGCUUUCCAGCAACCAUCUAGGGGAGCAUCAGAAACCCUGACACAUCAAGAUGUUGAUGACAUAGGCAGUGAUAUGAGGAAUCAGAUAAAACCAUAUCUUAAAAAAUCAGCUUUUGCUGUUUCACAUGCAAAUGACAGUCUGAGCACCUCCUCCUCUGGGUCUGGCCGUCAGCAUACUACAAAAAAGCCUUUAAACUACAGUACAGCUCCUAAAAAGAAAUGUAUGCAGAUAAAGGAUCUAAUAGUACUAGGAAGAAUUAACCCAGGACAUAACAUUUUGGAAUUCAAAACACAGGAGACGACCCACAAAGCCAGUGUUUUAUUGAGUGGUAAAAUCAAGGUAGAAAAUGGUCAGAUUUAUCAAAAUCCAGUCAUGUGGCUCAAAGAUCUUCUAGGAGGUGACUGUCAUGUGACCUGGAAUUAUGCUUGGAGUAAGGUAACAUAUCUGGGGAAGGAGCUUUUAAAGUAUGUUUCUGAAGAAGUAUCCAUACCUCCAGAACCAAACUUGGUACCUCAGCAACAUCAGCCUUGUCUUCCAGGGACUUCCAACGAGUCAAUGCAAAACAUCCCACAUUAUCUACAAAUAAAUGAAAUACUACUAAUCAGCGAUCAAGAAUUUCUCCCAUGCCAUAUAAUGGAUCAGCAUUGGAAGUUCUAUGUGGAAUGUGAGGAGCCAACAUUCUAA